AUGAGUUUCUCUGUCCUCGAGCAGCUGCGAUCGUCGCAUGAGGACAUUGAGAACAUAGAGAAGGCCAUGAGCAUGGUUUUGAUGGACAAGCACAAGAACUCAAAGGCAGCAGUGUCAUGUGAGCAUGCGCUGAAGUACUUGGUAGAAGCGACCCAGCUGAAAUGCAAGACGGCCAUCGACAUCUACCAGGAUAAGGAUGGCAUGCGAACCGACGACAUCAAUGCUCUGGCUGGCCAACGUGCAGACAAGAAGGGAGGUGAUGUGUGGACUAGCUUCUACGACAAGGUCAAAGAAGUGAAGGACUACCACCGACGCUUCUCUGUCAAUCAGGGCUUGCCCGAAGUGCAGAACUCCGAGUGGUUCUACCAGCGAGCCCUUGAGAACGACAAGACGGAGUCGCUCUUCUCGGGCGAGGAGGACUACGGAAAGCGUGUAGACAUGCACGAACUCUUUGUCACGUACCUCAACCUGAAGAAGAUCUCCACUCAGAGGCGGAACAACUUCAGAGCAGCGACGUACACGCGGCUGAAGAAGAAGACCGUCGAUCUGGAGCCUGAUGAUCCAGAGGUGGACAAGACGGUAGAGAAAGAGUACCACGAGCUGGACUACAUAGAGUGGCUGAAGACCUUUGAUCAGUUCCACGAGAUCAGCAGAUACUGCAAGUACGGUGAAAAGAACUACUCGGAAUACUUGGAGGGGCUCAUCUCCUACUUGCGAGGUUUCCUCCUAAGGACACAGCCCUUGAUCGAUGUCACCAAGCUGGAACAGCAGUUCGAGAAGGAGUUCGAAGAGCGAUGGGGCGACAAGAGCAUCCCGGGAUGGCAGGAGGCAACCCACAAGGACAAGCUCUUCUGCAUGCCGACAAACAAGCUCUUCAACAAGGACGUCAUCAAGACCCACCACGAGGGUGGAAAGAAUUAUAAGAGAAAGCUCGCCGAGAUGCAGCAGCUGAGCGUCGAGAGCCAAAACGAGUUCGUCUCAAAAGUUGAGGAGCAGGACAAAGCAAUAGCCCGUCUGGAAAGCCGAGCAGCAAAGUGGCACGACCUCUUGAGCGAUGCCAUCAACGAGACCAUUCAGCACCUGCAGAAGAAGCAGAGUCAGACCAUCGAGGAGAUGGAGCUCGAGAAAGAUGAAUCUGACGAGGAUGAAGACAUGGAGGACGACGGUGCUGACGUGGCCUCCAACGCUGGAGACGACGAGGAGCGACCCAUCUACAACCCGCUCAACUUGCCGCUAGGUUGGGAUGGCAAGCCGAUUCCGUUCUGGCUGUACAAACUUCACGGAAUGGGCAUUGAGUACAAGUGCGAAAUCUGCGGGAACUACUCCUAUUGGGGUCGGAGGGCAUUUGAGAGGCACUUCCAGGAGUGGAGACAUGCCUUCGGCAUGCGAUGCCUGAAGAUCCCGAACACAGCACACUUCAAAGAGAUCACGAAGAUCGAGGAAGCCAUCACGCUCUACGAGAAACUGAAGCGCGACGCUGAGGAACAGACUUUCCGACCCGAGCAGGAUGUCGAAUGCGAAGACAUCCAGGGCAACGUGAUGAGCCAGCGAGCCUUCGAGGACUUGCGAAGGCAAGGGCUGGUCUGA